AUGAGCGAAGACGGGCAUCCCCAGCCGACCUCCAGCCGGCAACCAUUUAAAGUCAGUCUGAUUCAAUUCGUGAGAGGGCAUCCCGAGUUGUGGGACCUUUCGAUGCCCGCCUAUCGGAAUAACACCUUGAAGAGUACCAUCUGGGAAAAGUUUAUCAGUCGGCAUCCCGGGGUCAAUUGUAAGCGUUUCUCUUCUUGGUUCAUGUCGUGCUGGUGUCGCUUUGGGUGUCUGUGCCUUCGCUCGUCUAUCCCUUCCGCCGAAUACAGUUGAUGUUUGUUGUGUUCCUAUUCUUGGAUCACUGCCAUUUUCAUUAAAAAUUAUUGUGUAUUAGCGGCGACUGUUAGAAUUUAGUUGUUUUGUGAUGUUUCGGUAUUGUAUCAUUAAUUUGGAUCGAUGAAGACAAAAGUUCGCGAACUGAUCGUUAACCUUUCAGCGAAGCAAGUGAGGGAACAGUGGCGGUUGAUCAAGAAUAGAUACUAUCAGGAGAGGGAACUGCGGCAGUCGGGGAAGGAGAUGAGCACGGACUUCCCUUACUUCGAGGAUUGCCAUUUCCUCGAGAAUGGAAAGAGCACUGAGGGAACGCCUAUCAAGUAAGUUAUGCUAUAGCAUUGACUUCAGUAUUACCAUGCACUUACGUAAUAUUAUUUACAAAUUACGUCAUUAUAUUUUGAUUUUUCAUUCAAGAACCCGCAAAUUCGAAGAAAAUAAAGAUUUCCUGGACAAUUUCAAACGAAUCUUGAGCGAAGCCAGCCUAGAGGAGGAGCAAGCCAACUCCCCCCAAUCGGAUAACGACCUCGAGAACAGCGCCCCCAACUCUCACAACAACAAUACUCCCUCCGCCGACAGGUUUGUGCUUUGAUUGGUGGAUGGGAUUGAUUGGGGUUACGGUAAUAGAUCUUUAUCUUUCUACUUUUAGAAGCAAGGCCCCAGCAGAAACACGGGCUCACCUGAUUGAUCUGGUGAAGGAUCUGCCUGAAUUGUAUGACAAAAGUAAUCCCCUUUACAAGAAUAAUGCUCACAAAGGAGUGCUGUGGAGUCGGAUUGCCAAGCAAUUGGGAAACGGGGCUACUGGUAUGUUUAAUUGUACGUUCAUCAAACACUUGAUCCCGGCGUAAAAUUCACUUUCCCUUAUGCUUUUGUAACUCGAAAGUAAAGUUAUGCUUUAGCUAAGAAGGUUCGCGAACAAUGGUCUUACAUGAGAAGGAAGUACGAAGAGGAAUUCUAUUCGAGGAAGUCGGGCCAGGCCCCGACGCCUAUGGAUCCGUCGAAGAGACACCUAUUCACCUUUGAUCAGCUCUCUUUCCUCGAGAAUUACAUGCAAAGCGAACGACCAGAAUCCCCACCGUGAGUUAGUUUUACUUUUCCAGAUCUUUCAAUGAGGUUUUUUAUUGCAAAAUUAUGUAAAAAACGAUGAUUUUAGAGACAACGAGAAUCAAGAAGCCGAAGCCGACAGCAGCGAUAACAAUCAGCCUGACGAUAGUUUCGGAUUCAAGUCAAGUAAUAUCAACGAUCUCUUGCUGCAAUUAUCUCAGGCAGCCAGCACCAGAACUCCCACCUCCAACAACAACAAUGGCCGCAUUAACAUGGCCACAGGGGAGAUAUUAUACGACGACAAACCGACCACCUCUGGACCUGCCAGUAUCAACUUUGAUGAUGUCAAAGGUAUGUUUUAAUGAUGUAACAGAUAAUUUAACAUCUUUUUUAUCGAUUUUGAUGACAAUCUUUGCCUUUCAGGAGCUCGACCAAAGAAACGACGUCUGGAUGAGGUGCUUCCAGGAGUGGGAUCCAUCGACAAAACGGACCUUCAGAAGACGGUGAAUGAUCUCAGUAGAUGUCUUCUGGAGUUGCUACCCUCCAAAGACGAAGACGAAUGCUCUUUAUUCGGGAAACAGAUAGCCCAUGACCUGAGGCGAUUGAGUUUGCGCUCGCGGUUGGUGGCUCGGAAAAAGAUCAACGAUUUAUUGAUGGAGAUGGUCAUCCAAGAUAUCAAUGAGCAUGUCUCCACUCCCACUGAUGAGUUGGGAGCGACCAGUAAUGGCAACGACAUCUGA